AUGUUAGCUGCCCGUAUAUUGAUUCCAGCCUUUGCGGCUGUCGUGGUCUCUGGACUCGAUGCCCCAAUCCCAGGCUACAGCGUGUUUACCCCUGAGUGGGAGGUUCAGGUCACCCCUGGUGGUGAAAGUGUUCUCAUGAACGGAACAGUUGAGCACGUCUUUGAUGAGCUCACCAAUUUCGACCCAGUCUACACCGAAGCUUUGAUGAAAGACUUCACCGCUCUUGGACACGAUAGGCUUGGGGCUCUUGAACAGCGAGAGGACUGGCGUACCCGCCCGUAUAUUUGCCGGGACUAUCCCUUGGCCAGAGUUGACGCUGCCUGGGAUGGCAUCCGCUACUUGCGAACGCUAAAGGGCAAGCCUAAAAGCAGCGCUGGGCCUUCUAGCUGUGGUCAAAUCAGUUGCUCUUGGAGCACUGCAAUCUGGUGGUGUAACGAUGACAGUGAGAAAAAGGAGCUCGAAUCUUAUAAAGUCAUUGCCGACGGAGCACAAUACAUGUGGGACGCAUGCACUCCCUGGGAAACCAGCCGAUACUGGUCCAGCGGCCAGAUAUUCAGCAACGAUGGAUGGAACAUCAUCAUCAAGAAGUCCGAGUCAUAUUGUUAG